UGAAUCUGGAGAGCCGACUGGAAUGUCAACGAAGGUGUUUUGUUGCGCAAUCCUAAAGUCAAGGCCAGCAGCAUGCAGAUCGCGUUUAUUUAGGUAUGUGUUACAACAUAUUAGACGAAUAGUCCUGAAUCGCGGGAAUAGCGGAAUUACCUUGAGUCCUAUUAAUCGUGCAAGAUUUUUUACUUUGCGUUGCCCUUAAAACCUUGACCUUUUGCCUGAUCUGCGGAUGAGCAAGAGUUUUUUCUUCUUCGGACAAUUCAAAUUUCCCGUAUUCUAUUCUAUCUACAAAGCGUAAUAAUUCUAUCUACAAAGCGUAAUAUGUAUUGACAAAGAAGAACAGGCACAUUUGGCCGACUAUGUACCGACAGCCAAAGGAACCAACGCUAUGAUAGAGCUAUUGUGAUAACACGAGGCAAUGUAAAGAGGGGUUUUUUAAAUUCAAAAUUCAUAUUCAUUUUUAUAUUUGCAAAUCUAUCAUAGGAUCAGUCAACUUCUUGAAAUUUCAAUCAUAGCAAAACCAACAAAACUUCAAGGGUCUGCUCUCAGUCGUGUGAAGUUACUCUCCGAAGAGAGGAAGUAGAGACCGAGUGAGUCUCUCCAUACAUAUUCAAUGAAUCAGUUACGAUGGGCUAAUCCUGCAGACCAUGACUUUGUCGAAUCUCUCUCGCCUACUGCUGAAGCUGCUAGCAUGAUUGUUCCUCGUAUUCAACAAUGAAACCGGCGGGUUAUUUUAAUCCUAGUGGACAAACACGUUACUUGAUUCCGAGUCCCGUUUUACCCACCUCAAACAGCUCAUAGAAAGGACUGCUCUUUUUGAGAUUAUCAAGAAGAUGCCCGAGGGAGCAAUCCUUCGUGCCCACCACUUUUCCUCGUGUCUCUUGAUUUCACUAAUGAUAAAAUUGGUCGAGAUUCCGGGGAUGUUUAUUAGCGCUACAAACUCUUUGGAUACGUAUUGGGUUGGAAAAGAGAAGAAAAUAAAAAUGGAGUUUGUACACAACAAUUCUCAGGUUCGUGAAUGUUUCACGACCUCCUUCUACCAAACUAGGGAGCUUCUCCACCUAGACCAGAGAUGAAUGCAAUCUGAGAAUGAUUACAGCAGAGCAUACAUAAUCAACUCAUGAUGUGCAGGCACUGUGAAUUUUGUAUCUGAACUCCUUGUGUUGGUCCCGCCCUCAUCCACCAUUUACCUUACAGCAUUUGAACAAUGACCAGCCUGAUUCCGUUCCAGAAGCGAAUGUCCCGGGAAAGAGGCAAACUCAGGAAAAAGUGUUGAGGUAAUUGCCUCUGUCUUUGAUAUACCCGCGACACUCGAAUAACCCAAAGCACAGGAUGGAGCAGAAUCCACGAGUACCAGUAUUUGAUUUUAAGGAGUGUGAGAUUCUCAUAGAGCUUAAUAAAGCAUUGCUUUUGAAAAGAAAUCCAUUUUUAGCAAGACUCGAGCUUUGCUAAAGCAGAAAGUCGGUGAAUUUGCAGAUAGAACAGAUCAAGCGCAGUAUUAUCAAGGAUGACGCCGAAGACAUCAGAGAUUCGAUGAUAGGAAGAAC